UUUCAGUGUUGGUGAGACGGUGAUAGAAUAAACUCACUUACAAUCCCAUUAAAGGAAAUGGGUUUUGGCAAACUUGAACCCCACAAGCCCUUUUCUCCGCCAAAUGGGGGAUUUAUUGUCCCUCGGUCCGUGGUUUGACUCCGCCCGCUCGUCCAAUCAAUUUAAUACGGGAACCAAUUAGAGCGACCGCAUUGCACCCAUAUUGGGCUAAUUUCAAUAAUUCCUCCCCUAGUGAAAAGAAUCGGGAAUGGCUAUCGGUCCAAGCACCGGACAGUCAACAUUGGCCGUUUUUUGAUGUUGAUACUGUCGGGAUUUAAACAGCUACCUAAAAGCGAGCACGACGGAGUGUUUGACAGUAACUAGCCGGUUACACAUGGAAGGAUCCGGGCGCGUGACAAGCGCGCGAGAAGCAGACGACAAUCUCAGCGGGGACGAAAUUGGAGAAAUAUCACAUAGACAUUUACCUCUUCGGACGGAAAGACAUUUUCUCCAUCGGUCAAUGGAACAGAUGUCGGAAUCUUUGAGCGACAGUUUUUCUACGUGUGACAGCGAGGAAGAUGCGGAACUGUGUCUAAGUUUUGAGGACAGGCGAGGCAGGGUAUCCCCUGAUGGGGAACAGAACGAUGACACGCCCAAACAGGUGACCCCCUUCUCCGUGGCUGACAUCCUAGAUCCCAACAAAUUCCGCGGGGUCACGGGAAAGUCCAAUGUUUCAACAUCCAGCAGUGUCGACGGGGAGGGCAACACGCAUUUGACAGAUGAUGAAGACAUCACUGGUGACGUCAGCGACAUGGAUCGUGAUGAUUGUGAGGACAGCCCCGAAAAACGUCAACGAAUGGAUGAAAAUGGCAACCACGGUCAAGGUAGCCUUGGAGGGUCAAAGGUCGGCAAACCUCGAAGGGCAAGGACGGCUUUCACAUACGAACAAUUAGUUGCCCUUGAGAACAAGUUUAAGACGACGCGAUACCUGUCUGUGUGCGAGAGACUAAACCUGGCUCUGUCAUUAUCGCUGACAGAGACUCAAGUGAAAAUCUGGUUUCAGAAUAGACGGACAAAGUGGAAAAAACAGAACCCUGGUCUAGAUGUAAACAGCCCCACAGUCCCUACAUCUCCAACCAUUCCACUCGGCCAGGCGUAUCCGCUCGCCUACGGCGCCCAAAGUAUUUACCCUGGACAUUUGCAAUCUUUCCAUUCAGCUGCCAGCCUCGUUCCUGGAUUUUACCUGUCCCAUAAUUCCCCAUUCCAAGGUGCACAUCCGGCUUUGAACCAUUGGUGACAAAGAAAUCACUCCACUGGAUUCAACCGAUGUUAAUUGUGAAUGAUCACGUGACAGCGUUUUAUCCCAGCGUGGUGAAACCAAGACAAUUCUUCAUCUCGGGUGAAACGUCGUUUCACCAGAAAUGUCUUACCUCAGAUGUGGAAAAUACGAGCAUUUGAAGCUGUUAUAUUAUGGUAGGACAAGUGAAAUAUGUCAAGUCUCGACACUCCCGGUAUCAUGGUCACGUGAUGUCAAGUCUCGCCAAGAUGGGGUCUGUCAAAAAUAUUCCAUGACCAAUGACAUACAUAUGUAUAAAUGAAUCACGUCAUUAAUGUGCAUUGUGACGUCAUAGUUGAUAUUAUGUUUUGCUUUGUAUUUAAUGAAAUGUCUUCCGUUGACCAUAACUACGCCUACUAUUAAGCACUGGGUUGAUAUCGCGGAUGAAAUGGCGGCUGAGGGGCGACAUUUUUCAUUUUCAGGAUUGUGUAGACAAAUUCGCAAAUCUAAGUAUUCGAUGUACAACGAAACCAACGUUUGUCGUUCAGUCAAGCAUUUUGUCACGUUAUUGUACAUGUCUAAUAUAUAACAUAAUAUUAUUUAACAAAGGUGCUUUUUGUGUUUGUAUUAUUUCUCUGGUGUUCAUAAUGCGAAAUAUAUUGUAGAUAUUAAAAUACGUUCUGAACAUA